GUGGGAAAUACGAGCCCCGUGAUUGAUGACAUAUCCCGAGUUCUCACCGCGACAUCCACUAACAAUAACUCCAACGCAAGCUUUCCAAAGACCACUGAGUUAAUUACAUUCGAGAUACAGAGCACCAAGAUUAUUUCUGAAUCGGAAAUCAUAUAUAGAGCUAUACAGGAAUAUACAAUGGCCCUCCGGCGCUCUGCACGCUUAAGCGCCGUGACCAACAGCUUACAACCGGCCAUCCAAACAAAGAAGACUAGCAAAGCCCAGCAAACCAACGGCGUCACCAAAGCACGAAAGCCACCUGCAAAAGGAAAGAAAACAGCGGGCUUGAAUCUAGAACGGACUUUUGAGAACCCACCUCCGAGCAAAACAGCAGACGCCGACACGGCCAAACAAGAAAAGCCCAAUAACAUUUUCGACCCUUCACCCACUGAUCGUAGUAUUAGCAGGCUACACUCUACGCCCCCUCCUCUUGACCGUCCCGUUGAACCUCACAGAACAAAUGCGACCCUUCUAACACCCCACGGUUCUUCUCUGGUUGCCUACCCGCCCGGUACUGAGAAUGCCUCGCCUAGCAAAACCGGCCGACCACGCCCAACAGCCACGACCGGUACGCUUCUCGAGAAAGCUGUCGCUCACCUAAUAGCUACAGACCCCCGGUUGGAGCCGGUCAUAAAGCAGCACCCAUGUCCGCUCUUUUCGCCAGAGGGUUUAGCAGAGGAGGUCGAUCCGUUCCGAAGCCUGGUGGCUAGCAUCAUCGGGCAGCAGGUAUCAGGCGCUGCGGCGAAGUCAAUCAAGGAUAAAUUCGUCGCAUUGUUCAACAGCAAGGACAGUGGAGAUAAUGCACGAGAGGCGAACUGUUUCCCGAAACCCGAAGAGAUAAUCAAGUGUGAUAUCGCGACACUGCGGACUGCCGGUCUCUCGCAGCGGAAAGCCGAAUAUAUCCAAGGACUAUCGCACAAAUUCGCAAGUGGCGAAUUGAGUGCCCGAAUGUUGCUGAAUGCGAGCGACGAAGAACUUCUCGAGAAGCUGACGGCUGUCCGGGGCUUGGGCAAGUGGUCGGUUGAGAUGUUUGCUUGCUUUGCGUUGAAGCGCAUAGACGUCUUCUCGACCGGUGAUCUGGGCGUGCAAAGGGGAUGCGCCGCGUUCGUAGGGAAAGAUGUGAGUAAAUUAAAGGCAAAGGGGGGUGGUAAGUUCAAGUACAUGGCAGAGAAGGAUAUGUUAGAGCUAGCUGCGAAAUUCGCUCCGUAUAGAAGUUUAUUUAUGUGGUACAUGUGGAGAGUAGAGAACGUGGAUAUCGCGGUCUUGACUACUUAGAGGAGAGUAAACCUUGGUUUGUAGUAUAUAACGUUGUUGAUUUAUAUUGGGCGGCCUGGUAGUGUGUACUACCACGAAAUGGAAACCCGCAGGUAUCCUGCUAAAAGAAGUACUUUCCUAGGUUGCUGUUGGUAUGAAACAAACCAUUCAGAAACG